AUGGGAAGCCAUCCAUUCCCAUUGGGAGCUAUGCAGUUGACGUCGCCACUCCCUUCUCCAUCCGCUAUACCCGAGCAUGCUUCCACUUCUAUGGGUGGCAAUCACAAUGCCAACGAAUCUGGCAGCAGCAGCAGCAAUAGCAACAACAACAACAAUGGAGGUGACACCGACAUGUUGCUCAACAACAACAAUCAGUACCAUGCAACGACCUCUAGCAAUGGUGGCCAUCGCAACCAGAAUAGUAGUAGUAGUAGUAGCGAUGACAAGGAUGACCAGGUGAUACCUUACCCUGACGCGAUGGCAAGGUUCAAGCCUACCACUGCUACUACUACUACUAUUACCACCACCACCACCACUACCACUAGUCCUGGCGACUUGCCUACCCCUACCACCAGACGAGGACCUUCUAUUCAGCGUUUACCACUCAUAUUCAAUGCACCCAACGGAGAUGAUAAUAUAUACCCCUUGGCACGUACACCUACCCCAUUAAGGCUACAACGUAUUCCUUUCACUUGUCAAGCAAUUCAAGGUGUCUUUGAAGAAACGGUUUUGGCAGAUGAUUCGCUGGCAGUACAAGUAUCAGCACAAAGAAGGACAAAUCAGUCGCCACGGAAACGACUUGUCUCCUGGUUUUCGAGUGAAGAGGAUUGGGAUAAUGUUGCAAGAAGUUCCAAGCGAACAGAAACGGUGAGCUCAUCAACGCCAUCUCACAAGAUAAAUCCCAUGGAUCAAGUUCAAGAGGAUCAGCACAUGGCAGCAGGAGCAGCAUCAUUUGUACCAUCAUCAUCAUCAUCAUCAGUGGGCAACAACAAUCAUCAUCAUCACCAUUCAUCAUCCUCUGGAUAUGCCACCACAUCCAAUACAACAACACCAGGAGAUGCCACUACAACUGCUACUACAAUGGAGAACCUAGGGGUGAUGGAUAGCCCAAAUUCAGCAUUACCAUCUCCUUCUUUAUCACCGGUUUCUGCAUUAGCUACGGAUGAUGAUUUAUGGCCAACACCUUCCAAUUCCUCUCCUACCCAUAUGGAGGAGGAGGAAACUAUACCCAAUGGUGAAGGCAACAACAUUGACACUCAUUCUACAACAACCACGUAUACCAACAACAACAACGACAACAAUGCAUUGAUCCCAUCUACUUCACUUUGUACGAAUGACAUCCUUGAUACCUAUACACAACUACCAAACGACAAUGUGCGACAAUAUCUACUAUUGCAUUUACUCCGCCGCUCCAACAAGACCACCUUACGACUCGCUCAUUCAGCCAUCAACGACGUGCUUCGCACCGAUAUUGUGGGCCGCUUACCAAGUCACCUUCAACGUCGCAUUCUCUCGUUUUUGGAUGUACCCGUGCUAUGUCGUUGUUUAGCAGUAUCACGACAAUGGCGACAAAUCAUUGAUGAGGAUGCCGAAUUAUGGCGAUUGAAGAUAGAGGAUGCUGGAUACCAGAUCACGCAAGAAGAAAAAGUGGAGCAGCAACAUGAAGAAAUGAUGAAUCGAGGUGCUUAUGGCUACAAGCGGAUCUAUCAACGCCAUUUACGUAUCCAGUCGAAUUGGCAACACAAUCGUGCUCAUCGAAUGCAACUGGCGGGUCAUUCCAGCCAUGUUGUCACAUGCUUACAAUUUGACGAGGACAAGAUUAUCACCGCAUCUGAUGAUCAAACAGCCAAUUUAUACGACAUCCGCACAGGUCGAUUAGUACGCACAUUCUAUGGUCAUGAAGGUGGCGUAUGGGCGUUGCAGUAUGUGGGAAACACAUUAGUCACGGGUGCUACCGAUCGUACGAUACGUGUGUGGGAUAUUGAUACGGGUAUUUGUCGUCACGUGUUUCACGGCCAUUCGGGCACGGUGCGAUGUUUAACGAUUGUGAUGCCGAUCAAGAAUCCAAGCACUGGAAGAUACGAGCCACAACAGCCUUUGAUUGUAAGCGGAUCGAGAGAUCACAGCGUCCGUGUAUGGGACCUUCCCCAAUCAACCGAUAUCACCACUACUACAACCACCAUUAGCAGUGUACAACACAAAGAGGAUGCUACAACAUCAACCACAAACAAUGACCCUUAUCGCCUUCGUCGUUCACGUAUCAAGGAGAAAAGAGGAUCAGCGAUGAGUCGAGUGUUCAGACAUAUCCCACACGAUGAAACAGCAGCAGCGAUUGUACCUGAUACAGCCGAUUUGCCAAUGACAACCACAACAACAUCAUCAUCUUCUUCAUCUUCUUCAUCAGAGAAAACGAUUCACGUGCAUGUAUUAUUGGGUCAUCGUGAUGCUGUACGAGCGCUUGCUGCUCAUGGCAAUACUUUGGUGAGUGGAAGUUAUGAUGGAUCGGUACGAAUAUGGCAUCUUGAACAAGGACGAUGCUUGCAUCAACUAUCGGGUCACACGAGCAAGGUGUAUUCAGUGGUCAUUGAUCCCAAACGCAACCGAUGUAUCAGUGGCAGCAUGGAUUCGUAUGUGCGUAUCUGGAAUAUGGAAACCGGUGCAUGUGAACAUGUCUUAGGAGGUCACACGGCGCUUGUUGGAUUGUUGGGAUUAUCCUCGAGUCAUUUGGUGAGUGCUGCCGCCGAUCAAUCAUUACGUGUAUGGUCGCCAGAGACCGGUGAUCGUCAACAUAUCCUUCUUGGUCAUGAAGGGGCCAUCACGUCUUUCCAACACGACAAUCACAAGGUCAUUUCUGGAUCCGAUGGCGGCAUCAAAAUGUGGGAUAUCAAGACUGGCAAGCUCAUGCACAACCUUGUCAAUAACGUGUCUGGUGUAUGGCGUGUCGCUUUUGACGAACGACGAUGCAUUGCAGCUGUCAAAGGGGAUGAUGAUGUCACUCGUCUAGAAGUUUUUGAUUAUGAUGUGUAUUAG